AUGGCCGCGGAAAACGAACUAGACUCUUCCUCUAUCCUCAUUCUAUUCGCCACUGAGACGGGUACAUCCCAGGACGUGGCUGAACGGAUAGGAAGAUUGCUACGCAGGUCAAGUUUUCGUGCAAGAAUUGCCUCACUGGAUGGAUAUUCGCCAUCAGGGCUACUGGAAGAAGACGUUGUAAUAUUCGUCUGCUCCACUACCGGCAACGGCGAUGAACCGCACGAGAUGACAUCCUUUUGGAAACAACUGCUUAGGGUUGAUCUCACGCCUGAUAUGUUUGAGCAUCUGGAUAUAGCUGUCUUUGGUCUCGGGGAUUCAUCUUAUGAACGAUUUUGCUGGGCGACAAAGAGGCUUUAUCGUCGUCUACUUUCCCUCGGAGCUCAUGCCAUACUUCCCCGCGCGGAUGCAGAUGAACAGCAUUAUUUGGGCAUAUAUGGCACGCUCGAUCCCUGGCUUGAUGACCUGCUCAAGAGACUAAACGAAUUGUACGACCACUCCGCUGAGGCUUCUUCCCCGUCGGUGUACAUCAAGGCUCAUAAAGCACGUCUUCUUCUUUGUCCAUCUGGUGAAGAAUUUUUGGAUAUUUCAAGAUCGUGCUCAGAAGCUCCAGCUGACGUCCGCGCGCGUGUGAUUGAGAACAAACGUAUUACUCGGAGCGAUUGGUAUCAAGACGUGAGGCACGUUGAACUGGAGAUCCAAAACGCACACAACAACUUCCAGCCUGGAGAUGUCAUUACGUUGCGGCCACAGAACGAACCCUCUGAUGUUGAUUACCUCCUCUCCCGGAUGCGUUGGAAAGAUCACGCAGAUGCAAUGUUUGAGGUAGUGCAAGACGAUGAGGAUGACUUCCUACCAACAUCCUUACCAAAACGUUCCUCCUUGAGAGACUUGCUCCUUGGGCACAUUGAUAUCGCAUCUGUUCCUCGACGCUCUUUUUUUGAAGCCUGCCGGGAAUACACCUCCGAUGAGAGAGAACUAGAUAGGCUGAAAGAAUUCUCGUCAAGUGAGGGUCAGGAUGACUUGUUUGAAUACGCCCAGCGCCCGCGGCGUACAAUCCUUGAAGUUUUGGCAGACUUCAAGUCGACAAUGAUACCAAUCGAAUACGUUCUCGAUAUUUUCCCUACCAUCCGCCCUAGGAAAUUCUCCAUAUCAAACUCAUCCCAAGUGUUUCCAGGGAGGGUGCAGCUCACUGUAGCAAUCGUGCGUUACAGGAGUCUUUCAUUAAAGGUAAUUCGUCGGGGACUGUGUUCCACUUGGCUCAGUCGUUUGCAAAUUGGUGACAAAGUGUCAUUUGCGUUCCAACAAGGAAACAUUGUGCUUCCAAACAGGAAGGAGUCGUCCCCAGUGAUACUCAUUGGCCCUGGGACUGGGCUUGCUCCACUGAGGGCGAUUAUUCAGCAUAGAAUAGAUGAGGGUCAAUAUGAUAAUCUACUUUACUUUGGAUGCAGGUCCGCAUCAGCUGACUACCUCUAUCGAGAGGAGCUAGAGGGAUAUGUUGCGAAUGGACACUUACGAUUGCGACUUGCCUUUUCGAGGGAUCAGGUAAUUGAGAAUCUCUCCAAUAAAAUCUACGUCCAGGAUAUAAUCCCAGUUGACAGGGAACUAAUACGGGAGUGGAUUAUUUUACGGAGGGCAUACGUGUAUCUCUCCGGAUCUUCGAAUAAGAUGCCUGCGGCUGUACGUCUCGCCAUCCGGAAAGUAUUGGAAGGCGAAGGUGAAUGGACGGAAGCCCAAAGUAGAGCAUACAUGACACAGAUGGAAUCGGAGGGGAGAUGGUUUGAGGAGACGUGGAGCUAA